CUGUCUUCCUUCCUCCACUCUCUCAUCUUCCAUUUCCCAAAUCUCCCAUUAACAUGUCAAACUAACAAGUAACAAACCCCUUUCCUCCAACUUCAUCCUUUUUAUCAACUAAAGCCUUUUCAUAUUCUCAUCAUCACCAUGCUUUCUCGCAAACUCUUUCAAUCUCAGCUGUCCACGUCAGCAUCACAUCUUCCCCCACCCCAACCUCACCACCACAACCACAUCUUAAUUCCUCUCCUCGCCGUCACCGCCGCCAUACUAACUCUCCUCCUCCUCCUCACCUUCCUCUACCGCCGCACCAGAAAAAAACGCACCGCCCCAUUCUCCUUCACCACCGAAAACCCUCCCCACCGUUUCUCAUACUCCCUCCUCCGCCGCGCCACCAACUCCUUCUCAACUCCCCUCGGCCAUGGCGGCUUCGGCACCGUCUUCUCCGGGAAACUCCCUUCUCCUUAUUCAAAACUCAUCGCUGUUAAGCUAAUGGACACUUCUUCUCUCCAAGGCGAACGCGAAUUUCACAACGAACUCUUCUUCUCUUCAAGGCUUCGUUCUCUUCAUAUAAUUCCACCGUUAGGGUUUUCGUCUGAUCCUAAACGACGUCGUUUUCUACUCGUUUACCCUCUCAUGCAAAACGGCAAUCUUCAAGACGCGCUUUUGAAACGUAAGUGCUCUGAACUUUUUUAUUGGAGAAAAAGAUUUGAAAUUGUUUUGGAUAUAGCUAAGGGACUUUGUUAUCUUCAUUGUUCUGAUCCUCCUGUUAUACAUGGAGAUAUUAAACCUAGUAAUAUUCUUUUGGAUUGUGAUUUUGUUGCUAAAAUCGGCGAUUUCGGACUUGCUCGGUUGAAAUCGGAGCCAGUUAAGGUUGAUGUUGAGCUUUUGGAUGUUGAUACUGAUGAUGAAAUGAAGAAAAGAAAUGAUGAAUUGGAUUGUGGUGGUGUUGGGGUUGUUAUUGAUGAUUGUGGAUCCAUGGAGAGUGUGCAUACCGGGUUUUUUGAAGAGGGGAAUUUGGGUGUGGAGCAAUCUCCGGUAGCUUCGCCGGAAACUGUCGAGAUGAGAAUGACUAUGUCGAUGGCGGAGGCAGAAGCGGAAGCGGAAGCGUUGCCGGGGUUUGAGAAGGGUAGUGUGAAGAGUGAGAAGGGUGUUGUUGUUGAGGAUGUUAAGAGAAAUGGGAAAGGGUUAUCGAGUAAUUCGGUUAGGGAUUGGUGGUGGAAAGAGGAUAAUGAGAUUGCGGGUUUGACGCCUGUUGGUGAAGGUAAGAAGGUGAAGGAUUAUGUGAUGGAUUGGAUUGGAAGGGAAGUGAAAAGUGAAAAGGGUGAAUUGGUGAGAGGGAAGAUAGAGGUGAAAGAGAAUAAGAAGGAGAAGAAGAAUAGGAAGCAGAAGUUGGAAUGGUGGGAAUCGAUGGAUGAGGAAAAUGUUGUUGGAGUGACGAGGAAGGAGAAGAGAAAGUCGGUGAGGGAAUGGUGGAAGGAGGAGUAUUGUGAAGAAGUUGCAAAAGGGAAAAAGAAGAAGAAUAAGAAGAAAAAGGGUGUAGAGAGUGAUGAUGUCAUUAGCAAUGGUGAAAAUUGGUGGAUGAGUGAUGAUGCAUUAUACGGGGAAAGAAAGAAAGGAACAAGCAGAAAUAGAAAUAAUCGCGGUAGUGUGGAUUGGUGGUUAGAUGGGUUUAGUGGCGAGUUAUGGAGAGCACGUCGGAAUAGCUUCGAUUCAGCUAGUGGAGAGAUUCCGAAGAGUGGUGGUGUGAGUAGUACUCCAAGUAUGAGGGGAACUGUUUGUUAUGUUGCUCCUGAGUAUGGCUUUGGCGAAGACGUAUCAGAGAAGUGUGAUGUUUAUAGCUUUGGUAUCUUGUUGCUUGUUAUCAUUUCUGGGAGACGCCCACUUCAAGUGACCGGUUCACCGUUAUCGGAGUUUCAAAGAGCUAAUCUUUUGUCGUGGGCACGCCAUUGUGCGAGAAAUGGGAAGCUCAUCGAGCUGGUUGAUGAAUCUAUUCAGUCUUUGAACAAGGAGCAAGCUCUGAUCUGCAUCAAAGUGGCUUUGCUUUGUUUGCUUAAGUCACCUGCUCGGCGUCCUUCAAUGAAAGAGGUUGUCGGAAUGCUUAGUGGGGAGCUCGAGCCGCCUCAAUUGCCUGUCGAGUACUCACCUUCGACCCCUUCACGCUUCCCAUUCAAAUCUAGGAAGAAAGCUCGGUAAGUUGGUUCAUAGUUACUAUCAGAUAACACGUUUUCAUCGGUAGUUACAGUAAUAUACUGGCAGUGGUAGUUUUUCAAUGACAGAUUAAUGUAAAAAGAUUUAGGAGGGAGGAGCUAUGUUCUCACCAUUUGAGUUCACUUUCUCUUUCUCUUUUUGGUUGUUUUUAUUCUUAUUUACCAUUUUAGUCCUAGUCUUUCACUUUUCCUUGUGUUGAUAGUUGAUCCCCUUACAGGUUACAGUUUGGAGUUUGAUCUGUGUACAUUAACUUAAUUCACAUAUUAUUUUUUUCAUACUGACUUGUAAUAUAGUCUAUUUCAGCAGUUUAUGAUUGAACUCAUUAUUUUUGAAAUAAUAUUCAGAAAACUUUCCCAAUUC